AUGUUCAGCUCCAAUCCGUCGGGCUCGGCGUUCUCGACCCAGCCGGCGUUCAGCUUUGGCAAUCCUUCCGCGCCAAAGAACCCAACUCCCCUGUUCAACUCAUUCAGCGCCAAUUCUAUGCCAUCUGCGACCACCACCUCAACUUCCGACAUGGCUGUCGACACUGGCGACGAGGACGAUGCGAUUGAACUCAACCUUGAUCCUGCUGCGUUCUCCCGCAAGGACAAGGCAAAGUGGAAAGCGAGCGGGCGAACACUGUUCGCAAACCCCAGUCCUGUUGGAGGAGAGGUUGUUGCCUGGGUCGGCCAGCAGCCGAGCAACACCCAACUCUCGACUUCAGACCGUGUUGCCUACAUCGCCAACAUCAACAAGUUUCCAGACGCUAUCCAGAAUUUGUAUGCGGAGACGUUUACGUUGUUUGCGUCGCUUCAACGUAUCGUUGCGGCGGACUACCAACUGCCUGGGCUCAGCUCCGACCGACCACCAGCAAUGGCCGAUGCUUGGGACAACAAGAGCAACCUCCUUGGGGGCCUUCCCUCUCUGAGCACCCAGGGUGUCAUCCACAUGCGUCGGCUAGUUGAGAUGUACCUCGAGGAGCUUGUCAAGCUGCGUGACGCUGACAUCGACGACGAAACGAAGAUUAAGUACGAGGCUGUCUACCACAUCUUCAACCUGGCCGAGAUCCUGUACUUGCCGCAGGAUGGCCGGGGAGAAGGUCUUGUGGGCGAGGAGCUGCUCGAUUGGGUGAAUGCUGUUGACACCUUCCACGUCAACACGCAAGGCAACGAGGUCAUGCAGCUGAAGGAGCCUUGGGAACACCCUCUCUUCUGGCCGCUCGUCAUCAGAUGCCUGCUUCGUGGCCUCUUCCUUCCGGCAUCAACGUUCCUGCGAACUCUCACAAACCAUCCCCACCCUCCGAUAGCCAAGCUCGGCCAAGUUCUUGCUACCAACAUCGCCAACAUUCCUCGGUCUUCGAACGUCGAUGCCUACCCGCUCGACCACCAGUUCCUCGCUGCUCACAAACGCUGGGUCGGGCAGUUCCGGGCAGAGUUCGAAACGGCUAUCGGCGGCCGGAGCAGAGGGCAUUGGCUGGACGACGGUAGCAGCAAGGGUGAUUUCUCGUCCAUGGAGGAUGAGUUCCGCCGUGUUGUGGAGCUUGUCCAGGGUAACCAAGACCGGGUGCUUCAGGAGGCCGGUGACUGGCGAGAGGCAGUCGGCGCGUGGGGCGUUUUGGUGGACGUCAACCUGCGACGAGACGAUCUUCCUCCGCUCAUGAAGCGCAUUCUGGACGUGAUUCCUGCCGACUCUACCGUCUUGGAGGACUCAAUCCAGUCCAGCAUCUGUUCAAACGACCCCGUCCGUGCUCUGGAGGGCUGCCAGGAACUCGACAUCUGGCUCGCUGCUCAUCUCGCAGACGUCUUCGACAAGCUGCAAAUCCUGCCCGACGACGAGGAGCACUUUGAUUCAUCACUGCGCGACCACUUCAUCCUGGAGUAUGCCGACAUGCUCAUGGACAGCCCUAGCCAGGAGGACCUGUGGCGCGCCAUUGCUGAGUACCUCAACGCCGCCGGCGAUGACAGUUCCGCCCGCCUGCAUGAGUACAUCGUUCGAGUCGGCGUCACCCUUGGCACCAGCAAGCCAUCGGGCAAGGUUGCAAACGGCAGCAUGGACGUCGAGGUCGUGUCCGUGGACGAUGAGGAGGAGGAAAGCGAGACCACAACGAAGCUGCGAGAGCUGCGGCAGACCUGCGAAGGUUUCAAUCUGCAGGAUGAGUGGCGCACUAUUUGUGCCAUCACGUCUCAGCGAUUAAUACUUCGAGGCGACUAUGGCAUUGCGGCGUCGCUAUACCUCAUGGCAGAGGAUGGCUUCGGUCUUGCGCGAAUCGCCGAGAAGCUCCUGGAUAUCUACGUCUCCUCCGGGCCGGAGGAGUUCCUGCGACUGGUAGAUACUCUGCCGCCCAAGAUUCUGAGCGACGCUCCUGUCACACUGACUGAACUCGCCGCAGGCAACUAUGCUCUGGACGGCAUUGAGUCCCCCGAAACCACGAUGGUCAUGCACGCUGCUCGUCUUGCCUUCCUAGCCAAGUUCCGCGACUACCUGCUUUACCUCGGCCAGGGCGCGCGGGACCGUGCGGCCGCGUUGCUGGUGGAGAUCCUGUUGAUGCCCAUCACGCCUGUCGAGUUCUGGGGUGUGUUACUGGCGGAGAGCGUCGACCUUUUGGAGGAUGAAGAGAUUCUGUUCGGCUCUUACGAGACCUUUGAGCUCAUGCGUGUGCUCGAGGAGGUGCUGUCGAACUCCAAAUUCGCGCCUGCGACGUACCUCGGUCAACUGUGGCGUUACCUUGAGCGCAAGGAGGGUGGGGCCAACGGCGCCGGUGUUGCCAAUGGUCACACGAAGAACGCUAAGGACGAGGAACGGGAAGGAAUUCAGGCAGCGCUCCGCAAGCUGGAGGUUGUCCGUCUUGCGCUUGCCCGCAACCUGUCGCGUGCAUUGGUGGUGGGGGACGAUGAGGCGCUCUAG